AUGUUCAACCACCUGAUCCAGAGGUAAACACAGUAACCGCAUCAACACAUCAAGUAAUUAUGCCAUACCACAGUGGAGCUCCUGAAGCCUCAUGUGUUCUAAUAUUCUUCACUCCUCACAACUGGAAUCAACUCUCGUCAUGGAUAGCGAUGUAGGCCUGGGCAUGGAUGAAGAGGACUCCGAUUUUGCGUCCCAUGGUUCAGGCGGGACUAGCACACACCAAACGUAUCCUUGGAGCAACUAUUCAUUGCCGCAGCUUCGAGAGCUGCUCCGACAGCGCGGUCAGCUUACCACCGGCAGCAAGGCAGCGCUGAAGAAACGGUUGAAGAACCUGGAGCGCAGUACCAAAGCUGUGACUUCUGGCCAACCAGCAACGACAAUCAAUAUCUCUGGUCAGCAACCUGGUCAAGAGGCCGACGUACCUGUAGUAUUAGGACCGCUCGCAACGACUAAUGGCGAGUCGAAGCGCGCAAAAAGUGCAGCUCAUCCCUUGCGAUCCAGGAUCUCCUCCCGAUCCAACAGCUUUUCUCAGCAUUUUACAGAAUUUAUAAAUCGAAGAAGGAUUGCCCUCGAGACCGAGCGACACGAGAUCUCCGUGUAUACUUCACCACUGACUGUCCUGUCGUACUUUGUCUUGUACCUCUUACACGAGUUCCGUAUGCUUCUGGUCUGGAUCGUAUCCCAGCAAUAUUUGUUGGUGGUGCUACCUCUUCUCACGGCCGUCAUCUACUUUGUAUACCAAACCGAUGGUGCUCAUCAACCGCUUCUGAAACAUGCGGAGUCAGGACUGAUCUGGUAUGGAUAUUGGACAUUACUCGGGAUUGCAUCUUCGGUCGGACUCGGCACCGGACUGCACACAUUCAUCCUCUUCCUGGGACCACAUAUCGCAGAGGUCACGCUCACAGCCUACAAGUGCGGAAACACUGACUUUGAUGUCAGAGGCGAUCAUAGGUAUAUCUGCAAGUCGCCAGAGUCGCUCACCGUCCCCAUCGGCAUCUAUACGGUCUUUCAAGCUGUGCAAUGGGAGAGUUUCUUCUGGGGAUUUGGAACUGCUAUCGGAGAACUGCCGCCGUACUUUGUUGCAAGGGCUGCUGCACUGUCUGGGAACAGGAACGAGGAGCUGGCAGCCAUUGAAGAUCUGCUGAAGAAGAAGCCCGAUUCGGUGUCAUACAAGGAACGCAUCCUACUCAUGGUGCACGAGGGCAUGAAGCGCCUGGGAUUCUUUGGCAUUUUCCUUUGUGCCUCUAUCCCCAAUCCGCUCUUUGACCUCGCAGGAAUCACCUGCGGGCAUUUCUUGAUCCCGUUCUCGACCUUCUUUGGCGCCACCUUUCUUGGCAAGGCCGUCGUGAAAUCGUCGAUCCAGACCCUCUUUGUGAUCCUGAUGUUUUCUGCCGACACACUCGCCGCGGUCAUGAGCUGGCUCGAGCGAUCGGCUCCGUUCAUUCAUGGAUAUCUCGCUGACGGAAUUAAUUCGCAAAAGGGCGCUCUUCGUGGAGAGGGCAGGGUGUCUGAGGACGAUCUGGAGAACUCAACCAGCCUUGUGGGCCUAAUCUGGAACACCAUCAUCUUUAUCAUGAUCUCCUACUUCCUCCUGUCGAUUGUCGAGACAAUGGCGUUGGCGCAGAUCAAGAGAAGACACGAUCAGGAACUUGUCGAGCUGGAGGGAAAGAUCCGAAGUGGCGACACCAAAGCUCUCUUUGUUGCCGUCUCAGAAGACCUGAACGAGUCUUCAAAGCUAUCGUCUUCGUCAAAUUGAGAAUCGGUUGCUGUUGCUCCGCUACAGUCAAAAUAGGAAACCCAAAGUAACAUAGUCCUUUAUUCUUGUUUUCAUCGCGUUUGUAUCUAUCAUUAUAUUACUCACCUCCAAUACUUUAAUGCCGCCUCAUUUCAACUUAAUGUCAUUUUCUCCUUCGCAGAGUACCUGCAAAUAAAACUACGAUGCAGCGCGCCCUAAGCGCGUUAGAAUGCGAGAAGGAAUAUCAAGACUAUGUGUUGGCUAAAGAUUGCUGAAGUUGCAUAUAACAAAAGCACUACAGGAACACGCAGAUGGCGUUUUAGUCAAUAAUGACAAAUGUGCAAUGGGUAUCCCAAAUACGAUGCGCGAGCAAUUAUCUAUUAUUUGGAAUAACUAGAACGUCAAAAGCGCAUUUCGCCUCUUCCCAACUGCGUG